AAUUGUGACAUGUUCAAAACUUUACCCGCUGCAUUAUGGGGCACUCUUAAUAGUGGGCAGUCAUGCAUGAGGUGUGCGAGGUGGGGUAAGGACGUAGUGGGCAUUCAAACUAUUGACCUUAUCCUCUCAAAUCAUCUUCUCUGACCGCUAAUCUAGCAUCACCCUCUAAACAGACUGUACCAUGGAUGUGGUUUUGCAGCAUGCUCUGUAAUGCUGUAACCAUUUUACUUCUGUACUGUUGAAGAUGGUUUGUCUAAAAAAUCGGGUAUCUGAUCUUAACCUUAACCAUCUAGAUAACUCCAAACAAUCAUACUAAAACAAAACACACUCAUGGUCUAAGACAUCGACUGACUGGAUAAGAAUGAGGUGGUAUUCUCAUCAAAGACCUGGACGAGCAAUGUGGCAGGAAGUGCACUUCUAAAUGUGUAUUCUACGAUAACCAAUCAGAUGCAUUUCACUGUGUGACAUGCCACGAUACUUCACAGCCUACAGUCAGUGAAAUACCAACAAGGUCUCUAACAAGAGCCAAUGUCAAGAUGAUCGUGUUAAUUGUCAUACUGCUUGUACCUCAUCAAGGAUGUGAGUGAUUUCUUGCAAGUAUUUCUUUAAUAGAUAUGUUAUAUAUAGAUAUAUAAUAAUAUGAUAUAUAAUAGAUGUAUGUAGGUUCAUAUUUUAUCUUUGCAUGGUGUAUUUUUACAUCAUUGUCACUUCAUGUUUUAUGUGUUGCAUGAUUUCUUUAAUUUCAGAUACACUAACUCCAGUCAUACCAGUUGAACUGGGUGAAGCGGCUACCUUAACAUGUGCUCUAUCUAAUACUGAGACCACCCGUAAAGAAAUCCACUGGUACAAACAGACUGUCCCAGAUACUCUGAAAUCUAUUGUAAAAUUUCAGAAAUCUGUGCCGCCUAAGUACGCACCGGAGUUUUCUAAUUCAAGAUGGAAGGUUCAUAAUGAUAACAAUUUCAGCAACUUGACCAUUUCGAGGAUAACCCAGGAGGACGAGGGACUCUAUCACUGUGGAAUUUCAGAGUGGCUCGGGAAUACUGAAUGGAGUGGGACAUAUUUGUUAGUAAAAGGAAACACUGAGAGGACGUCAAACUAUACUGUUGUUCAGACAGUAUCAGGUUCAGUCCGUCCAGGAGACUCAGUGACUCUCCAGUGUUCAGUCCUCUCUGACUCUGAGAACAAGACGUGUCCAGGAGAUCUCAGUGUGUUGUGGUUCAGAGAUGGAUCACAGAAAUCUCCUUUAAACAUCGUUUACACUGAGGGAAAGACACAUUAUGAAUGUGAGAAGAGAUCCAACAGUCAGAAGAGAUGUGGCUACAGCUUCUCUAAGGACGUCAGCUCCUCUGAUGCUGGGACUUACUACUGUGCUGUGGCCACAUGUGGAGAGAUAUUAUUUGGAAAUGGAACUAAACUGCAAUUCGAUCAAGCAGCAAGUUCUGAAUUUCCUGCGCUGGUGAUAGCAGUCAUCUGUCUGACCAUAUCUGUCAUUGUACAUUUUGUUUUCAUCUGUUAUCAAACUCCAAGUGCAGUAUGUGAACAAUAUGACGAAAACACCUGGUCAAAAAUUGUAUACCUCUGCAAGUAAAGCACUUAGACAAAGAAGGAAGGAGGAGCUGAAGCCCAGAGAAACAACUGCUUGUUGAGUUAAACGCUGAUUAAUUUGUGUUUCUGUGGAACGGCCCUUUACAGUGUGGCUUAAUAAAUGACUACUGUGGGUUACUCGCUUACUUGCUAUUUCACAAUGUGCUCAAUGUUUCGCCAGUAUCAUAUCAUGACUUUGCAUAUGCUUGUUUGUAUUCUUUUCCUGUAGGGGAAAAAAAAAACAUGAGACUUAAAAAAAUAAAUCAAAAGCUAAAGCCUUUAAGCUGCAAAAUGUGCACGUUUUUUGUUACUUCUGACAUUAAAAUAUGUAUCUUCUAUUAUUUUUCUUGCCCUAUCUCUAUUUCUAAAUGCACAUUAUGAAAAUAA